AUGAUUCCGAUGAAGAAGAUGGGUAUCGCACACCUCUAAAUAUUAUUACGCAAUCACCAACAUUUAAAACCCCGAAAUCAGAGAAUAUUAAGGAUGUGAUCAAUGCUACUGAAAGUUAUGCGAAACAAUGCUUAGGUAAAUUUACGCAUACUCUUGGUGGUGAUUCCGGUUGUUAUGGAACUGAACCUGCUGAUCCUUUCAAUGAAUGCGAUGUUAGCGUACCCGGUACUAAGUACGAGUUUUUCGACAGUUAUGGCUGUAAAGACUCCGUGAUUGUAGCUGGAAAAGAUCAUAAAACAUUUCAUCCUUCAGUGAAAGCUCAUUCUGUCAAAAUAACAUGCCCAUAA